AUGAGCUUAAUACAGGGACGCAAAAGCCCAGUAAAUUUAGUUGAUCAAGGCAGAAGAAGUCCGUUAUUACUAUUACAUGAUCGCAUGAGGAGCCCAAAUGAACCACCAAUAAAUGGGGCUUUUAUCGACUUUCGAAGUCCUACAAAAAGUCCAACAGAUCGCCGCAGCCCAACGUUAAGUGUUCAUGAUCGUCGAAGCCCAGUAAAUAUAUUAAAUGAUCAAUAUCAAAGAAGGAGUCCAACAUCUACAGUUCAUGUACAAGAUGGAAGGAGCUAUGAUUUGGAUGAAAAUAUGCAAGAAGAUGAACAGCGUGGCGGAAUUUUGCAAACUACUGCAAUAUGUAAAAGAACAUCUAUAUCAUUAUUUACUCCGAUUCCGAUGAGUGGCGAAAAACGGAGUCCUAUUUUACCCAUGCCUAUUCCUCCAAUUACGGUUUCCAAUCCAAUUGAGACUUGUAAAAUAGUGGAACGAAUGGCUGCGUCUAGUAAACAACCAUCACCAGCGAUGGAAAUUUCAAAAUCUAUAGAUCCACUAAAAAGUGAAAAGCAAACACCUGAAUCUUUAUCUUCCGAUAAGGAAUCAGGCCAGCCGGAAAAAAAAGAACGUACAAGUGUUAUGAAAGAGAUUUUAGCUUUUGUUCGAAAACCAUCCAAACGCAUUACAACCCGUACUGGAAGCCGAUUCGCAGCAGCUUUUACACGGGCUGAAUCUGGUUCCAGUAGUGGACCUUUAAUUCGACAAAGCACAUUUUCAGCAAGUCCUGCAGCUGCAAGCAAUGCUGCAAAAAGUGCUGUCACGAAGCAAAUGUCUGAAGUUGGAUUUGAACCAAAGAUGUCUUUAAAAUUUGGUAUAAACACAAAAAUGUCAUUGAAAUUACGUCGAUCUGCUGCAUCAGAUGAAAAAAAGAAAGAUAAAAAAUCCAGUGGUGACGAAGCCUCUGGCACCGAAAGCGAUUCAAAAUCAGAAAAGGUAGGUCAAAAAAAAUCAACAAAACUGGACCGAUGUAGUAUUAAAAAGUCUAAAGAGCACAUUCCCUUUGAGCUAGCAAACGUACACUUUGAAAAGGUAGGUGACUCUUAUAUUAAACACGAUCAACCACAAAAAGAUGAAGAUUAUAUCAACGGAAAUGGUUCGCUAAAACAAAAAAUAGUCGCUUUGUCAAAUGAAAACGCACAAAAAAAUUUAAUAGGCAGUGAACAUUCUAAUUCAGAUUUGAUAAGCAGUAGUAGUAGUUGUGGUAAUCGUGUUGUAAAAGCUAGUAGUAGAGAGUUUCAGCAACGCAUUAGCGAAGAACAAGAGUCUGAUCCUAUUGAAAGUAUAGAACAAUUUAAAUCAGAACUCGAACAAUACUUACAACCUAUAAAACCUGAACCAAUCUAUGUAAAUCUAAUGGAAUUAAGAAAUGAGCUUGGCAUGAGUACAAGUACAGAAUCCAUUAAACCAACACCCUUGCAAUGUCCAAUAAUAGAAUUCGAACCACCUUCGCGAAGAUCUUCAUUUGACCCUCCCCGCUCGCCAUAUCUUGAGAACCUUCGUAGUCCUGGUGUUGAUACAGAUCGCUCUGGAGGUGAUAGUUUUGAAAUGGUUGAUAGUGGUGAUCGAAAUCGGGAAUCAAGUUUUGAAGAUCGUUACUCAUCUCGAGAUACAAGUUUUGAUAUAUCUCGUUAUCAGUCAACAAGUUACGAAGAUCAAACGUCAAGUUUUGAAAUUGUAGAUAUUGAUACUACUCGUGCCGAUGAUAAAAAAUCAAAUAUUGAUUUACGAAAAUCGUCUAUUGAGUUAGUCGAUGCUGAAACAUUUGCAAGAUCUAGUUCAGCUUCAGGACGAAAAUCUUCUCUUGAAACUCAUUUCGAUUAUAUACCAACUGACAAUCAAUCUGGUAAACCUUCACCUUCAAUUUUUCCAUCAGGAAAAAAACAAAAACCAGAUCACUUUCGUUCGAGAGACAUUCAUAUAUCACCUUUUAGUGCAUUUUCACGAGCACGUAGCCCUCUCUCUAAUCAAACUUCUUCGAAUUAUAGUUCAAGAGAUAGCUAUGAUUCAAGUUGCUCAUAUCCACAUUCAUCAUCUCAUUGUGAAUCACAAAAAAGUCCUUUUGCUGAUCAUACAAAACAACAUUUCCCGUUAACAAUUAAAAAUGCUAAUGAUGAUGUUGUAAAAACUACAUUCUUAUGUACAGAUAAAAGAUGUUCAUCGAUUUUUGAACCCAGAACAACUGUUCAAACCACAAUAUUAACAACAGUUGGAACAACAACAAUUGCACCAGUUGCAACGUCUACAAUAUCAUCUUCAACUACAUUAUUGAGUGGAGUUGGUUUAAAUAUAGUUCCUGUAACAAGUCCUGGUCUUAUAACAAUUCCCAAUAAUAAUACAUUAAUUGGACGAUCUGGUAGUCGUCCCGGUUGUAUGAGUACAUUAGAAUUUGCUGAAUUUGAACCACCAUCUCCUAGACGAGCGGCAAGUGCUUCCCCAAAACAUACUUUUACUUUUAGAAUAGUUUUAAAAAAAGUAGAUAGCUCACCUGAUGCUAUAUGUCCAUCAGCGGAACGUAGAGGUAGAAAUCUAGAUAGACAUAAAAAACAUCGUGAUAGUCGUCGCCAGCGAUUAAGUAAUGCAGGGAAAAGUUUCUAAAUUUGUUUUAUUUGAAAAUCAAAAAAAUUUUUUUUUCAGAAAUUUUAAAUUUUUUACGUAUUUUUAUAAAUUAAUAAUUAUUUUAUUUGUAGAAGAGUUUACAUUUCUUGAAUUCUUAUUGCUGGGUUCCUAAAUAUGGAAUUGAAAAUUCUAAUCAAAUAUACAAAUUAAUUAUUAAUUAUAUCUAAAAUAAUAUUAAUUUUCCAAAUAUUUUUAUUGCAGUAUUUUAAAUCUUUGUAUUGGUAUUUUAAAAGUAGAUUAAUUUUUGAAAGCGUUUUUUUGUAAUGAAAAUAAAAUUUUGAUAAAAAUUCAAUAAUAUGUAGUUGUAAAAUUACAAAAGCUAAUAUACUAAU